CAGUGCCUGGUUCAAGAUGGGGUCCCAGGUCUCUGUGGACAUGGGAGCCGUGCGCGUGGUGAUCGUGGGUGGCGGCUUCGGUGGGAUCGCUGCUGCCAGCCAGCUGCAGACUCUGAACAUCCCCUUCAUGCUGGUGGACAUGAAGGACUCCUUUCACCACAACGUGGCAGCCCUCCGGGCCUCCGUGGAAAGUGGCUUUGCAAAAAAGACAUUCAUUUCCUACUCGGUGACCUUUAAGGAGAACUUCCGGCAGGGGCUAGUCGUAGAGAUCGACGUGCAGAAUCAGAUGGUGCUGCUGGAGGAUGGUGAGGCCCUGCCCUUCUCCCAUCUUAUCCUGGCCACCGGCAGCACCGGGCUCUUCCCGGGCAAGUUUAACCAGGUUUCCAGCCGGGAGCUGGCUAUCCAGGCCUACGAGGACAUGGUGAAGCAGGUCCAGCGCUCACAGUCGGUGGUGGUGGUGGGAGGCGGCUCUGCCGGCGUGGAGAUGGCAGCGGAGGUUAAGACCGAAUUCCCCGAGAAAGAGGUCACUCUCAUCCACUCCCAAGUGGCCCUUGCUGACAAAGAGCUCCUGCCCUGUGUCCGGCAGGAAGCGAAGGAGAUCCUGCUCCAGAAAGGCGUGCAGCUGCUGCUGAGUGAGCGGGUGAGCAACCUGGAGGACCUGCCUCUUAACGAGUAUCGAGAGCGCAUCCAAGUGCACACAGACAAAGGCACGGAGGUGGCCACCAACUUGGUGAUCGUCUGCAACGGCAUUAAAGUCAACAGCUCUGCCUACCACAGUGCAUUUGAUGGUCACCUGGCCAGCAAUGGCGCUCUGAGAGUGAACGAGUACCUCCAGGUGGAGGGCUACAGUCACAUCUAUGCCAUUGGCGACUGUGCGGACGUGAAGGAGCCCAAGAUGGCCUAUCACGCUGGCCUCCAUGCCAGCGUCGCCGUGGCCAACAUUGUCAACUCCAGGAAACAGAGGCCCCUCAAGGCCUAUAAGCCAGGUGCGCUGACGUUCCUCCUGGCCAUGGGGAGAAAUGACGGCGUGGGCCAGAUCAGUGGCUUCUAUGUGGGGCGGCUCAUGGUGCGGCUGGCCAAGAGCCGAGACCUGUUUGUCUCCUCCAGCUGGAAGACCAUGCGACAGUCUCCACCUUGAAGCGGAGCUGGGCGGGAGACAGGAUGGCUGCCCCACUGGAGGCCUCACCCAGGACUCCCUUCCUGUGGACCAAGGCCAACCAGGCUCCCCUUCUGGAAACAGGACCUGCUGCCACCCGAGAGGCGCAGGCCAUUCCAUGCUGUCUGACCUUGGGGCCUAGCAGGGUAGGAGGCUCAGCCCAUUGUUCUGUUUGUAACGUUUUACAAGCGUCCAUCCAUGGGGACACAGUUCUCCAAACUGAGGAAAAUGUUGCAAUAAAAGACUAUAUUGUAAGAAAGACACUGGAUCUUCUGUUUUUUUUUUUUUCUUUCAUUUUCUUUUUCUUUAAAAAAAACAAAACAAAACAAAAGCCUGAAGUGAAAUCUUUUUAGGGGUAGAUACAGAUGCCAUGGGGUAGGGGUGGGGGCAGUAAAACAGGAAAGGAAAGCACCAGUGAGACACCUUUCUCGGUUUCUUCUCUCCGCCACUGAACACAGACAGCCAACAAAGCCCAAGUCACUUUUACGCCCUCUUCCCUCGCAAGAAGGAGAAACAAGGUAUUAAGAAUUUCGAAAGGAUUUUUUGUGUGUGUGUGUAAAAGUCAAUGCUAUAAAUCUAAAACGAAGUCUGUUUCUUUUUUUUUUUAAAAAGUUCUAAAACAACAGGAAGAAAACACAUGGAAAGAAACCCCUUGUGGAGACCUGGGUAAUUACAGACUGAGGCUCUUUUAAACGAGAUUAUAAAAUGCAGAGGGCUCCUUCCGUGGGCAGGACCUGCGCCGGUGGCCUCCGUGACCCGCUGCCCUGCCAGCUGCCCUCGGCUCCCCUGCCGUCACCCUUCCUCUCUCCUUUUAAAAAAUAAACCCCCACUCCUGUGACUUC